UGGAGCUCCAGGGUCCCCUCUGCCACCUGCGGCGGUCACAGCUCCCAGCCACCAUGGGCUGAAGUCACGGAAGUCACCGGAAGUCACAGAUUCCCUGUGACUUCGUCGACCUCUAUGAAAAAAUCAGCCUUAAUCAUAAGGGAUCCCACUGGAGUGGGAGCUAGAUGCCAAAUCCCUUCGGCGCCUUUGAAAAUUCCAUCCAAAGGUUUAAAGUAGAAAACUUGAAAAAAAUCCGUAUGAGAUAGGUAGAUAGAUAGAUAUGUGUAUGGGGACAGAGGGACAGAUAGAUAGAUGGGUGUGUAUGGGGACAGAUAGAUUAGAUGGGUGUGUGUGGGGACAGGUGGACAGAUAGAUAGGUAUGUAUGGGAAUAGAUAGAUGGGUGUGGGGGGGACAGAUGGACAGAUGGGUGUGUAUGGGGACAUGGGUGUGUAUGGGGACAGAUGGACAGAUGGGUGUGUAUGGGAACAGAUGGGUGUGUGGGGGGACAUAUGGGAGUGUAUGGGGACAGAUGGGUGUGUGGGGGGACAGACGGGUGUGAGGGGGGACAGAUGGACAGAUGGGUGUGUAUGGGGACAGAUGGGUGUACGGGUGUGUGUGGGGACAGAUGGACAGAUGGGUGUGGGGAGGACAGAUGAGUGUGUUUGGGGACAGAUGGACAGAUGGGUGUGUGUGGGGACAGAUGGGUGUGUAUGGGGACAGAUGGACAGAUGGGUGUGUGGGGGGACAGAUGGGUGUGUAUGGGGACAGAUGGACAGAUGGGUGUGUAUGGGGACAGAUGGGUGUGUAUGGGGACAGAUGCAGAGAUGGGUGUGUAGGGGGACAGAUGGGUGUGUGUGGGGACAGAUGGGUGUGUGGGGGGACAGAUGGACAGAUGGGUGUGUGUGGGGACAGAUGGGUGUGUGUGGGGACAGAUGGACAGAUGGGUGUGUGUGGGGACAGAUGGGUGUGUAUGGGGACAGAUGGACAGAUGGGUGUGGGGUGGACAGAUAGGUAUGUUUGGGGACAGAUGGACAGAUGGGUGUGUGUGGAGACAGAUGGGUGUGUAUGGGGACAGAUGGACAGAUCGGUGUGUGUGGGGACAGAUGGGUUGUGGGGGGGACAGAUAGGUGUGUUUGGGGACAGAUGGACAGAUGGGUCUGUGUGGGGACAGAUGGACAGAUGGGUGUGGGGGGGAGAGAUAGGUGUGUUUGGGGACAGAUGGACAGAUGGGUGUGUGGGGGGACAGAUGGGUGUGUGGGGGGACAGAUGGACAGAUGAGUGUGUAUGGGGACAGAUGGACAGAUGGGUGUGUGUGGGGACAGAAGGGUGUGUUUGGGGACAGAUGGACAGAUGGGUGUGUUUGGGGACAGAUGGGUGUGUAUGGGGACAGAUGGGUGUAUGGGGAGACAGAUGGGUGUAUGGGUGUGUAUGGGGACAGAUGGGUGUGUAUGGGGACAGAUGGACAGAUGGGUGUGUGUGGGGACAGAUGAGUGUGUGUGGGGACAGAUGAACAGAUGGGUAUGUGUGGGGACAGAUAGAUGUGUGUGGGCACAGAUGGGUGUGGGGGGGACAGAUG